GUAGCAGGGAACAAGGAUCUUGUUUUUAUCAUUUUCCGAUCAUCAUCAUAAUCACAAUGCAAACAUGAUGGACUGAGACGUAUAGCUAAGUUGCAGCGCUGUUAUUAUCCUGCACGUCGGUGGCUUCUGGGCAAGGCAGAACCACUGAAAUAUGUUGUUUUCAAGGAUGAGGAAUCUUCAAGCCAUUGACAGCUUACUCCUGAAAGAGCUGAAGUCGUGUUGUGCGAAAGAGUACAACUUUCUUCCCAGAGAGACUGGCCUGAAGCUGAUGGAGUCGGCUUCCACAGAGAAUCACAGUGGAGUGUCUGCGAAAUGUAGAGACACCAGAGUGGAGGAACUGUGGGGCCUGACCAGUUUCUUUGGCUACAGCACCCAAACCUUUGUUCAAGCUGUCAAUUUGCUUGACAGAUUCCUCACCAUCAUGAAGGUGCAGCCCAAACACUUGCCCUGUAUUGGAGUCUGCUGUCUUCACAUUUCAGCCAAAAUGAUCGAAGAAGAGAGCAAUGUCUCACCCACACAUGAACUCAUUCGCAUCAGCCAAAGCAAAUUCACUGUGUCAGACCUCAGUCGUAUGGAGAAGAUCAUCUCUGAGAAGCUGAGUGUGGAGCCAGAAGUAGUGACAGCCUUAACCUUUCUACACCUCUACUACUCAGCCUUCACAUCCCUCUCUGCUGGAAGGGAGGAGAUCCCAAGCAUUGGGAGACUGGAAGCCCAGCUAAAAGCCUGCUUAUGCCGGCUUGUUUUCUCUAAAGCAAAACCAUCUGUGCUGGCACUGUCCCUAAUUGCUCAGGAGUUUGAGGCCCUCCGGUCCAACACCUUGUUGAAGAUUGUGCAGCAGUUCCAAAGACAUCUUAAGAUCAGCGACAGCGAGCUGCUCCACUGGAAGGAACUUGUGGCCGAGUGCAUGACUGAAUACCGCUCAAGCGAAUGUAACAAACCAGACAACAAAAAGCUUGUUUGGAUCGUGUCCAGGAGAACAGCACAGAAUCUCCAGGCCAAUCAUUUCAGUGUACCUGGUCUGCCAACUAUUCCUGAGGGGAGCUGGGGCGACAGCGAGAGCGAGGACUCCUGUGAGGACAUGAGCUGUGGAGAAGACAGCCCGUGGGGCUCGCCAGGAAGUGACGGCGAAGGAGCCUUCUUCCCCUCCGCCUUUCUCAACGGCAGAAAGUGAGGAGUCCUCAUUGUGCAGUAGUGACAGAUGUGUAUUUGUCCCCUUAACUGUAACUGAUUUAAGGUGGUCACCGUGUUUCAGAGCAAACCUGUGUGUUUCACUUGUCAAACCGUGCGCAACCUAGGUAGGCCAAGUGAUUCAUUAAGUGCCUGUGUUAAUUCAGUUUACCGUCUCUUUCUUUAAUAUAAAAAAAACCCCAACAUAUCGUAAUAAUGCAAAAUGGAAAAUUGCAAUAUCGUGGCAGCUUGAUGGCAAUACAUCUGAAUGUCUUUUUCCAAGAUGUUCUCUUAGUGUUUCUUUGUGUCCGUACUCGACACAUUCCAGGAAAAAUAGCGAAGCACAAAGGAGAAUUUAUGGAUGUCAGUCAUGAGGUACACUCGCUGUUGAAUACCAGCUAACAUACUAGCACAUCCUCAGUCUUUUUUUGUAUUUUUUAUACUCAAUGCCACACAUAUAUAUACAGUAUUCUGCAAUUGUUUGAUAAACACAAUGUGACGUAUAUGACAUUGUAGUGUGAAAAUACCAGACUGUAUAUGCAUGGAUAAAUUGAAAUUUGUGAUUAUGAAUGGAUGUUGUUCAUGUUUUCAAAGAUAAGCUUACUGUAAAACUUUUUAAAAAAUGUACAUAACAUGUAAAAAAAUAAGAAAAACCUGUAUGUUUCGUGAAUGCUACAUAAUGUGUGUUGUAUUUGGAUAUAAUGUGGAUUAUGUUGGAAGGGUCAGAAAUAAUCCUUCCCAAUAAAAAAAAGCUUUUUAUCUA